AUGAAUUAUACAGGACGGGUAGAGCUUUGGCGCUUGGAUCUGUUGGACGGAGAAUGGGGGACUAGAUGGGGCAGGCCAGAUAGCAAAUGCAAGAUAUAUAACUUCUGUGGGAACUUUGGCAGUUGCAAUAUUAAUAGUUCGCCAACGUGUAGAUGUUUGCCCGGAUUCAUUUCUAAGUCGCAGGGGGAGAAUCAGACUCCGUCCUAUAAAUCUGGAGGCUGUUUCAGAAAACCCACACCAUGCGCGCAAAACAAGACCACAUUCAUAAACCUGAAGAGGGUGAAAGUGAGAAAACCAGACACAAAAGUCUCCGCAGCCAAUGAAACAGAGUGCCGAUCUCAGUGCGUCAAUGGGUGCCCCCCUUGCACCGCUUAUUCAUACGAUGCGUCGACAGAUGUCUUUAGUAGGAUGUCCGUACCGUGUUCUAUUUGGACUUCUGAUUUAUCUACCCUUCAGGAAGAGGAUGAUGCGGGCUUUAAUCUUUCUGUCCUGGUAUAUAAACCAGAUAUAGAACCAACUCCAAGAACCUGCAAACCUUGCGGUGUAUUCACAAUUCCUUAUCCGCUAAGCACUGAACCAAGUUGUGGUGAUCCCAUUUACUCUCAUUUUAAGUGCGACUCGCCAACCGGGCAGGUUAGUUUCAUUGUGGGAGAAGAGCCUUAUAGAGUUACUAACAUUGAUCCAGACGAGAGAUCGUUCUCUAUCCAAAUCAAAGAUUCGGGUGAUUGUCCUCCAAGCAAUCUCGGGCGUUGGCUUGGUCCUUCAUUUGGGGUGACUCAACAGUGCGAUGAGGGAGACGAAGCAAAGACACUAAAGAUUAAUUGGUCUGCUCCAGAUGAACCUCCAUGUAAUAACUCCGUAGACUGCGAGGGCUGGUCUCAUUCAACUUGCAACGCAACCAGUAAUGGAAAUGGAAGAUGCCUCUGCGAUGAAAAAUAUUACUGGAAUCGCCUCAAUUUAAGCUGCAAUCAAGUAGAGCCUCCAAGAAGAAUAAGCUCUAAAGUUUUGAUAUUAGUGGUGACAUUUUCAAGCUUGAUUUUCUUGGCCUGCAUUACAACUUCUGCUUACAUUUGGAGAAGAAAAGUAGCCUUUGAGCAAGAAAGGGGACAAAAUCAAAGAACGAGAGAUGCCCUGCAUGACAGUGAGAGGUAUAUCAAAGAUUUCAUAGACGCCGAGAGGACAGAGGAAAAGGACGGUGAAGGGAUAGAGGUACCUUAUUUGGAUUUUAAUAGCAUCCUUUUAGCCACGGAUAACUUCUCAGAUGUGAACAAGCUUGGACGUGGGGGUUAUGGACCUGUCUACAAGGGCAAGCUUCAAGGAGGUCAAGAUAUUGCAGUCAAGAGGCUUUCAAGCGUUUCUUCACAAGGAAUGAAGGAAUUCAAGAACGAAGUUGUCUUGAUAUCCAAACUUCAACAUCGGAACCUUGUUAGACUUUUGGGCUAUUGCAUUACAGGACAAGAAAAAAUAUUACUUUAUGAAUACAUGCCAAACAAGAGCUUAGACACAUUCUUAUUUGAUCGUACACAAAGAGUGAUUUUGGACUGGCAAAUGCGUUUUGACAUAAUUUUAGGAGUUGCUAGAGGAAUGUUAUAUCUUCAUCAAGACUCUAGAUUGAGAGUGAUUCAUAGGGAUUUGAAAAUUAGUAAUAUUCUUUUGGAUGAGGAGAUGCAACCAAAAAUUUCAGAUUUUGGACUUGCAAAAAUAUUUGGAGGCAAGGAAAUUGAGGCUAACACUGAAAGAAUAGUUGGAACUUAUGGAUACAUGGCUCCAGAAUAUGCAUUGGAUGGAUUUUUCUCGAUCAAAUCAGAUGUUUUCAGUUUUGGGGUUGUAAUGCUUGAAAUUAUCAGUGGAAAAAAGAACACGGGAUUCUUUCAAUCCAAACAAAGUUCCAGCCUUCUGGGUUAUGCAUGGAGGCUAUGGACGGAGAAUAACCUCUUGGAUUUAAUGGAUCGAUCUUUGAAUGAAAGUUGCAAUGCAAAUCAAUUCAUCAAGUGUGCACAAGUAAGUCUGUUGUGUGUGCAAGAUGAACCAGGAGAGAGACCCACCAUGUCGCAAGUAUUAAUAAUGCUUGAAAGUGAGACUGCGAGCCUUCCAACUCCAAAGCAACCGACCUUUUUUAUGAGCAGUAGCAGGGGCCUUUCUAGCUCUGCUUCUUCUUCCAGUAGACCUGAAGGAAUUCUUCCUACUGACAGUACCUAUCAACAAGAUACUUUGAAGAUCGGUGAAAGCCUUCAUGACAGGGAAGAUGCCGCUGCCAACCUUGUCACCACGGGAGGUCAGUUUGAACUGGGUUUCUUUUCCCCUGCAGGAAGCCAAAACAGAUACCUAGGAAUAUGGUAUCAUGGGAUAGAACCGCAAACUGUUGUCUGGGUUGCUAACAGAGACAACCCCAUUCCUCAUUCAAGAACUGGAAUUUUCCAACUUUCGCUAGAUGGAAAUCUCACCGUGUUAGAUACAGAAGGAAAUCCUUAUUGGUCUUACACACCUGAACAAGUAUCUUCUCUCGCAAACCUCACAGUGAGGCUUAUGGAUUCUGGGAACUUAAUUCUGGCGGACGACCACUUACAAGCGACCUACUGGCAAAGCUUCCAACACCCUACGGACACAUUUUUGGUGGGCAUGAAAAUGGAUGAAGAUUUAGUCUUGAAUUCUUGGAGAGCCUCUGAUGAUCCCGGCAGCGGUAAUUACACAUUUGCAGGUGGAAAAACAGGGGAUAGCAACUAUACAAUCUACGUCAACCAGAACCAAGUUCACUGGGCUGGUGAAACGCGCCAAGAUUUCGGCUCAGAAGGGACAAUACUUUCGCUCUUGACAAACUUCACCCAAAGGCCUUCAACUUAUAAAAACAACAGCAUGUCAACAAACUCACCUCGUUCUGAUUUUGAGCAUACAAGGCUGGUGAUGAAUUAUACAGGACAGGUAGAGCUUUGGCACUGGGAUCAUAUCGAAGGAUGGGGGACUAGAUGGAACAAGCCAGAUAGCAAAUGCAAGAUACAUAACUUCUGUGGAAACUUUGGCAGUUGCAAUAUGAAUAAUUCGCCAUACUGUAGAUGUUUGCCUGGAUUCGCUUCUAAGUCGCAGGGGGAGAAUCAGGUUCCAUCCUCUGAAGCUGGAGGUUGCUUCAGAAAAACAACAUCAUGCGGGCAAAACACGACAGCGUUCAUAGACUUGAAGAACGUGAAAGUGAGAAAAGCAGACAAAGCAGUCUACGCAUCGAAUUCAACAGAGUGCCAAUCUAAGUGCCUUAAUCUCAAUGGGUGCCCAAAUUGCACAGCUUAUUCAUAUGAUGCAUCAACAAAUUAUGAUAGGACGUUCUUAUCGUGUUCUAUUUGGACCGCCGAUUUGCCUACCCUUCAAGAGGAGAUUGAUAAGGGUGUUAAUAUUUCUGUCCCGAUAAGUAAACUAGAUAUAGAACCUACUCCAAGGACGUGCAAGCCUUGCGGUGUAUUCACAAUUCCUUAUCCGCUGAGCACCGAACCAAGUUGUGGUGAUCCCAUUUACGCCAAUUUCACAUGCGACUCGCCAACCGGGCUGCUUAAUUUCACAGUGGGAGAAGAGAGUUAUAGAGUUACUAACAUUGAUCCAGACGAGAGAUCGUUCUCUAUUCAAAUCAGACAUUCGGAUAAUUGUGCUGCAAGCAGUCUAGGGCGUCGGCUCGAUCCGCCAUUUAGUGUGACUCAACAGUGCGAUGGUGAGGCAAAGACAAUAAAGAUUAAUUGGGAUCCUCCAGGUGAACCUCCCUGUACUAACUCCACAGACUGCGAGGGCUGGUCUCAUUCAACUUGCAAGGCAACCAGUAACGGAAAUGGAAGAUGCCUCUGCGAUGAAAAAUAUCAAUGGAAUGGCCACAGUUUAAGCUGUACGCAAGAGCCUCCGAGAAGAAACAGCCCUAGAGUUCUGAUAUUAGCGGUGACACUUUCAACCUUGAUUUUCUUGGCCUGCAUUAUAACUUCUGCUUACAUUUGGAGAAGAGUAGCCUCUAAUCAAGAAAAGGGAGAAAAUCAAAGAACGAGAGAUGUCCUACAUGACAAUGAGAGAUAUAUCAAAGAUUUCAUAGACGCCGAGAGGACAGAGGAAAAGGACGGUGAAGGGAUAGAGGUACCUUAUAUGGAUUUUAAUAGCAUCCUUUUAGCCACGGAUAACUUCUCAGAUGCGAACAAGCUUGGACGUGGGGGUUAUGGACCUGUGUACAAGGGCAAGCUUCAAGGAGGUCAAGAUAUUGCAGUCAAGAGGCUUUCAAGUGUUUCUUCACAAGGAAUGAAGGAAUUCAAGAAUGAAGUUGUCUUGAUAUCCAAACUUCAACAUCGGAACCUUGUUAGACUUUUGGGCUAUUGCAUUACAGGACAAGAAAAAAUAUUACUUUAUGAAUACAUGCCAAACAAGAGCUUAGACACAUUCUUAUUUGAUCAUACACACAGAGUGAUUUUGUACUGGCCAAUGCGUGUUGACAUAAUUUUAGGAGUUGCUAGAGGAAUAUUAUAUCUUCAUCAAGACUCUAGAUUGAGAGUGAUUCAUAGAGAUUUGAAAACUAGUAAUAUUCUUUUGGAUGAGGAGAUGCAACCAAAAAUUUCAGACUUUGGACUUGCAAAAAUAUUUGGAGGCAAGGAAACUGAGGCCAACACUGAGAGAGUAGUUGGAACUUAUGGAUACAUGGCUCCAGAGUAUGCAUUAGACGGAUUUUUCUCAAUUAAAUCAGAUGUUUUCAGUUUUGGGGUUGUAAUGCUUGAAAUUAUCAGUGGAAAAAAGAACACGGGAUUCUUUCAAUCCAAACAAACGUCCAGCCUUCUGGGUUAUGCAUGGAGGCUAUGGACGGAGAAUAACCUCUUGGAUUUAAUGGAUCGAUCUUUGAAUGAAAGUUGCAAUGCAAAUCAAUUCAUCAAGUGUGCACAAGUAAGUCUAUUGUGCGUGCAAGAUGAACCAGGAGACAGGCCCACCAUGUCGCAAGUAUUGAUAAUGCUUGAAAGUGAGACUGCGAGCCUUCCAACUCCAAAGGAACCGACCUUUUUUAGGAAUAGUGCCAGGGGCCUUUCUAGCUCUGCUUCUUCUUCCAGUAAACCUGAAGGAAUUCUUCCCACUGACAGUACCUAUCAACAAGGUCGGUAGUGGAGAUUGGAUUAUAUUGGAUCCUGUCAGGGAAACCAAAAACUAACUUCUUAUUGAAACUCUAGUACGCUUGUAUGAUAGGCCAUUCAUUCUUAGGGAACUUAGAACAGCUGACAUCUGGUAUGAAAAUACCAUACAAAUAUUAGUUAGGCAUAUAUUUGAAAUCUGUUGGUGCAAUUAUUUUUUUCUGCUAAA